AUGCGUCCUUGUGUACGUGUAAAGCGUCAUGCGUCCUUGUCCUUGUCCGUGUCUUUGUCCAUGUCUCCGGCUGUAGCUGCAGGUGUGCCCUCGAUCUUUCGGCGAUAUUCGUCCUUGAUUUUCAUUGAUAUCGGUCUCCAAAGGGCAGGGAAUGCUGUAGCGACUCGAACAGUAUUGAGCUCUUUCGGUCUUGCAAUCCAGGCUUUAUGCAAGCCAGCGGAAACAGCGGCCAGCAUGCGGUCGGCCACGCGGUCAGCAUCCAGGCCGUUCUCAAUGUUGGGGUCUGUCUUCCCAUGGCGCUUACCCCCCUUACCCAUAGCGUUAAUGCAAAUUCGAGUGCGAACGCUACCCGGGAAAAUAUUGACGACUCGGAUCAGAGGCUCUUCCAGCUCGAGGCAGGUAAAGUAG